AUGGAAGAAGCGUUGUACACAUCGGUGGAGGUGCUGGUGGCCGUGAGCUGCUGUCUGGGUAACAUCUUGGUUAUCUGGGCAGUGCUGAUCAGCAGAAGCAUGCGACAGCCCACCUUCAGUCUCAUCGUCUCUCUGGCUGUGGCCGACUUCAUGGUGGGCUGCGUGGCCAUACCGCUGGCUGUGGUGGUGGACGGACGGGUCAAGACCACGUUCCACGGCUGCCUCUUCAUCAGCUGCGUCAUCAUCCUCUUCACCUUGGUCUCCGUUUUUUGUCUCGUGGCUAUUGCAGUGGAUCGUUACCUCCGGGUGUAUUUUCCACUCAGGUACAAACGCUCUGUCACACAGAGACAUUCCUGCUUUGCAGUAGCAGCAUGUUGGCUUGUUGCGAUCCCACUGAGUUUUGCUCCCAUGUUUGGAUGGUACAACCAUGAAACCUUGUCUAACACAGGCAACUCUACUUUCACCUGCCAGUUUAUAGCAGUGAUCCCCAUGACUUACCUGGUUUACUUCAGCUUUUUCAUCUGCAACCUGACACCUUUGCUGGUGAUGACUGUUUUGUACGCAUGUGUGUUCUACACCAUUCAACGGAGGCUUCGAGACAAACCAGGAAACAGAACUCAGACACAGUCUUAGAACUACCUAGAGAAAGAGAAGCAGCUUGCUGGGUCUCUGGCUCUGGUUUUGGUUCUGUUUUCAUUGUCCUGGCUCCCUCUGAACGUAAUGAACUGCAUUGCUUUCUUUGGUGAACCCAAUGUUGUCCCACCAACAGCUUUCUAUGUUGGCAUCCUGCUCUCACAUGCAAACUCAGCUGUAAACCCAGUUAUUUAUGCUUUCAAAGUACAAAAGAUAAGGGAGGCAUACCUGAAGAUAUGGAGACAAUACUUGGAGACAAAAUGAUGGUUCUCAGACGAGUCAAACAACAGACAAUGACAUCAGCAGCAAAAAAAGUGUCAGCAUAAA